GGUCUCGCCGCUGUAGUCCACUUCCUGCUUCUCUGCCCUGGUUUCGCCUGAUCAGCUGCAUCAGCCUUUUAUCCGACGAAAGACACAAUGUCACAUCAAACGGGCAUUCAAGCGGGGAAUGAUGUGAAGGAUAUAUUUGCCAGUGCGAGGAGCGGAGAGCAGUAUCGAGCCCUAAAGAUCGUCAUCGAGGAUGAGCAGCUGACUCUGGGUGCCACCAGGAAAGCAUCAAAAAAAUGGGACCAGGAGUAUGAUUCUUUAGUGCUGCCCCUCCUCGACGAUGAUGUUCCCUGCUACGUUCUGUACCGGCUAGACUCCUCUAACAACCAAGGCUACGAGUGGGUCUUCCUGGCCUGGUCACCGGACCACUCUGCUGUGCGACACAAAAUGUUAUAUGCUGCUACCAGAGCAACACUGAAGAAAGAGUUUGGAGGCGGGCACAUCAAGGAUGAGCUUUUUGGUACCGCCAAGGAUGAAUUGAGCCUAAAUGGUUACAGGAAACAUCUGACCUCUCAAGCUGCACCCUUGCCUCUUACUGCUGCAGAAGAGGAACUGAGGCAGAUCAAACUGAAUGAGGUGCAGACUGACAUCAGUGUGGACACCAAGCAGCAGACUCUGCAGGGAGUGGCUUUCCCUAUUCAUAAAGAUGCUGUUGCAGCACUUGAACGUUUCAGGGACCAGAAAAUCAACUAUGUACAGCUGCAAUUAGAUGCUGAACGGGAGCUGAUUCGGUUGUGCAGCACUGAGCCAACAGAGGUGAAAGACCUCCCAAUGAGAAUCCCUAAAGAUACUCCACGUUACCACUUCUUCCUCUACAAACAUUCCCAUGAGGGUGACUACUUAGAGUCCACAGUCUUCAUUUAUUCUAUGCCAGGGUACAAGUGUAGCAUCAAAGAGAGGAUGCUGUAUUCCAGCUGCAAAAAUCCCUUGGUCGAUAUGGUGGAAAAUAAUCUUCAGAUUGAGAUUGAGAAAAAGUUGGAAAUAGAAAAUGGAGAAGAACUGACAAGUGAUUUCCUGUACGAGGAGGUGCAUCCCAAGCAGCACGCGCACAAGCAGCGCUUUGCCAAGCCCAAAGGCCCUGCUGGUAAGAAGGGUGGCCGCCGCAUCACCCGACCACCGGGAGAGCGAGAGGAGGAAGAUUAAAGAGACCUCACCGCCCGACCACCACCUCUACCCCAAGCGCGUUCCACAAUGGAACAUUCCUGCAGUGGGGGGGGAUCAUAUUUGACACGCUUGUUUAAAAUAAUAAGACAAAAACCUCAAAUUCCCACAGUGUUCACCCACAGACCCAGCUAUGCACGCCAAGGACAACUGAGCAAUGACACACUUCAGAAUUUCCAUUUGUAGCUUGCCAAAUGGAAGUACAUUUAUGUAGGUUAGUACAUUCAU